CUGCGCUGUGUGUGAACAUGCUUCUUUCUCUGGUGCUGUCAGCUAGUCUGUCGCUACCAGUCUUCCUUGUGUCCCUUCAGACUUUGAAAGUCUAGUUAAUGCAGUCGCUGAUCAUGAAGAGCUCCAAGGAGGCGGCGCAGUCAGCAGCCAAAGAGUUUCUGCAGUUUGUCAACAGAGGAGCGUCUCCGUAUCACGUGGUUGAAGAAUGUCGGCAGCGCCUGCUGGAGGCCGGGUUCAUCGAGCUCAGGGAGACAGAACAGUGGGACAUCAAGCCAGCAAGCAAGUACUUUGUGACCAGGAACUUCUCCAGCCUCAUCGCCUUCGCAGUGGGCGGACGCUACCUACCGGGAAACGGCUUCUCGAUGAUCGGCGCCCACACGGACAGCCCCUGCCUCAGGGUGAAGCCGAGGUCUAAGAGGACAAAGCAGGGCUGCCUGCAGGUCGGGGUGGAGUGCUACGGCGGCGGCAUCUGGAACACCUGGUUCGACCGCGAUCUCACCAUCGCAGGCCGCGUUAUGGUCAAGAGCGACGGCAAGCUGCUCCACCGGCUCGUUCACGUCACCAGACCUCUGCUCAGGAUCCCUCACCUGGCCAUCCACCUGCAGCGGGACAUCAAUGACUCCUUCGGGCCCAACAAGGAGAACCACCUUGUUCCCAUCAUCGCCACCGUCGUCCAGGAGGAGCUCGAGACGGGCUCAGCGUCCUCUGGAGACGCCUCCUCUGCUGCCAGCACGGCAGAGAAACACCACCCGGCGCUGGUGAAGGUGCUGUGCUCGGAGCUGAACGUCAAGCCAGAAGCUCUGCUGGACUUUGAGCUGUGUCUGGCUGACACGCAGCCCGCGGCUUUAGGAGGCGUGUACGAGGAGUUCAUUUACUCUCCUCGUCUGGACAACCUGCACAGCUGCUACUGCGCCCUGCAGGGACUGUUGGAGUCCUGCUCCGGGGACUCUCUGGCUAAAGAUCCCAACGUCCGCAUGAUCACUCUGUACGACAACGAGGAGGUGGGAUCAGAGAGCGCUCAGGGCGCUCAGUCCAACCUGACGGAGCUCAUCCUCAGCCGCCUCGCCUCCUCUCCCUCCAACCUCACUGCCUUCCAGCAGGCGGCGCCGCACUCCUUCAUGAUCAGCGCUGACAUGGCGCACGCCGUGCACCCCAACUACCAGGAGAAACAUGAGGAGAACCACCGCCCGACUUUCCACAAGGGCCCGGUAAUCAAGUUCAACAGCAACCAGCGUUACGCCACGACAGCCGUCACCGCCUCCGUCAUCAGGGAGGUCGCCAGCCAGGUCGGCGUGCCGCUGCAGGAUGUGAUGGUCCGUAAUGACAGCCCCUGUGGGACCACCAUCGGUCCCAUCCUGGCGGCCCGUCUCGGCAUCCCUGUAGUGGACAUUGGCGCCCCGCAGCUCUCCAUGCACUCCAUCAGGGAGAUGUGCUGCACCUCCAGUGUCCUGCAGAGCACCACCCUAUUCAAGGGUUUCUUCGAGUUGUUUCCAGCCGUGAGGAACACGCUGGUCGUCGACUAGAGCCGGGGGAGCCACAGCUGAUGGGAAAACAAAGGAGUAUACAGACAUGUCAUUUUCAGCAGAACGCUCCUUUAUUUUUAAAGCUGCUCAUCUGCAGUGCUUUGAUUGUGAUGAAAAUGACCGAACAUCCAAUAUAAAAUCAGCGGGCCGCCUCAGAAUCAGCUCAUUUUUAAACUACAGUAACUUUAGUAUAUUUGAUGAAGCCAUGCUAAAUUUUACCUUCAUACUGUGAAUUUCUUUCAGUCACAGUUCAGUGGAGAAAACUUAAAAAAAAAAGUGGGUAACCUUUGAAGGGUCAUAUCACUGUGUGGGUGGCUGGUUAAAAGCAGCUUGCUGUAAAUGAAAGCUCUGUAUUUUCCCUGCAUUUGGAUACCAGGAGAAUCUUCUAGCCAUGAUUCCUCCUGUGUUACAAUAAGUUUAUAAUAAGUCCUAUUUUAACACUGAAUGAAGCUCAUGGCUGUGAAAUGGAGAACCAGCACUGGUAAUUAUGUAGCUCUCUUCUACUCUGGGCACUCAAAGUGCUUUUUACUACAAGCCACAGUCAUACAUUGCUUUAUUCUGUGCCUUUGAGUGCUUUUUAACCACCACACUCACACUCUGCUGGAGUGUGAGUGUGGGAGCAAUUUGGACUAAGGACACUCCAACAUGCAGACAGAGCUUCGAAAAUAUCACACCGAUGGGGCACAUUUAGGUCCUGAAGAAGGUUUCAGGGUCUCGGGAUCAGUGGUGCUCUCUUAUAUAAAAUGACCUAAAUCUGAAAGAAAGUUUCCACCUGUACUUCAGGUCCUUCUGCAUGUCAGCAGCAACCUUAAAUUUGUUUUGAAUCCACUUGGAUUUAGUAUAAAAUUGACUUGGUUCCAGAUUUUAACAGAGCUUAAAUAUAUUUCAUGUGUAUAUCUCCUGUAAUUAUGAAGUUACGAGAGAUUAAAAAUGCCAGAAAAAUCAGGUGAAUGUACUUUGUUGGCCUCUAAUGCUGAAAAUGUUCAUAGUAUGAAGAUAAUGGUUUCAUUAAAUAUAAUGAAGAUACUGUUCUUUAUAUAAAAUGAGCUCAUUCUGAGGGGUUCAUAGGCACUGUCUUUUUUCUUGAAGUCAAAUCCUUUUUUAAAACUUUGAUUUGUUUUUGUGUGUGUGUGUGUGUGUGUAGCUGAUUUUGUGUUCAAUCCAAACAUGUUGUAAUUACUAUACUUGAAUACUGCACACAGAAAUGUAGUGCUACUUGCCCUUCUGUCUUUCUUAUGAAGUGAAAUUGUUUAGAAGAUAUCAAAAAAUUUUAAAAAUCUCUUUUUGUCUCGCCCUGUUUUUAUUAUUUUGCGGUUGGUGGAGUCUCUGGUAAAGACAGAGUGGAGUUAACUGUGAAGGUUUCAUGCUGCAGGAGAGGCUGCAGUAAUUUAAUUUCACCUGCUCGGUUUUAAUAAAAUGCUGUGAGGAGCUGGAUGUGCCGCUCUGCCAAGUGCCGGGACAGUUUCUUGGCAGGAUGAGGCGGACUUAUGAGCCAUAUUGGGAUGCAGCAAGAGGAAGAAGACACACCUUCGUCCUGCUUUUAGUCUCAUCAGCGCUUCUAGAAAGUCGAUUACAAUCCUGUCAGGAGAAUUAAAUGAAAUAAAUCACCCGAAAUGACAAAAUAUGGUGGAAAAAGACCCCAAA